AAGUACACCUAUCUCUCUCUCUCUCUCUCUCUCUCUGCACCAAUCAGCACUCUCCCUCCCUCUCUUUCUUUCUCUCUCCCUCCCACAAGUGUUCCAGGAUUUGCAUCCACUCUCUCUCUCUCCUCUCUCUGUGGGGAAAAUGAGCGAUCUCAAGUCCAAAUUCCUGGAAGUGUACAACGUUCUGAAAUCGGAGCUGCUCCAUGACCCUGCUUUCGACUUCACCGAUAACUCCCGUCAAUGGGUCGACCGAAUGCUGGACUACAAUGUACCUGGAGGAAAGUUGAACCGAGGCCUCUCUGUUAUUGACAGCUACAAGUUGCUCAAAGGAGAGGAAUUAACUGAUGAAGAAGUUUUUCUUGCAUGUGCACUUGGGUGGUGCGUUGAAUGGCUUCAAGCAUAUUUUCUUGUUCUUGAUGAUAUGAUGGACAACUCCCAUACACGCCGAGGUCAGCCAUGUUGGUUCAGAGUGCCAAAGGUUGGUUUGAUCGCUGCAAAUGACGGCAUAGUACUCCGCAAUCAUAUCCCAAGAAUUCUCAAAAAGCAUUUCAAAGGAAAGCCUUAUUAUGUGGAACUGCUGGAUCUAUUCAAUGAGGUAGAAUUUCAAACAGCCUGUGGCCAAAUGAUAGAUUUGAUCACCACGAUUGAAGGAGAGAAAGAUUUGGCAAAAUAUUCAAUUCCUCUUCACCAUCGGAUUGUUCAGUACAAAACUGCUUACUACUCAUUUUACCUGCCAGUGGCAUGUGCAUUGCUUAUGGCAGGUGAGGAUCUGGAAAAGCAUACUGAUGUAAAGAACAUACUGGUUGAAAUGGGAACCUAUUUCCAAGUGCAGGAUGAUUACCUGGAUUGUUUCGGUCAUCCUGAUGUGAUUGGUAAGAUUGGAACAGAUAUUGAAGACUACAAGUGCUCUUGGUUGGUCGUGAAAGCAAUGGAACUUGCUAAUGAGGAACAAAAGAAGUCGUUAUACGAGAACUAUGGAAAAGACGAUCCAGCCUGUGUAGCAAAAGUGAAGGAAAUGUAUAACACUCUCAAUCUUCAGGUUUCUUGCAUUCCGCCUUUUACUCUUUUCUCUGAUUUUUGUUUGUGGAGCUUAUACAUAGGCUUCUGCUGUUUGGUAUCACUUUUGCUUUCCGUUUUCUGUUUUCUGCUCUCAUUCCCAGAAAUCACAGAGAAACUUGUUUGAUUAACAGUUCCUUCGAAAAUUGUUUUCCAGAAUUUUUUUGAAACCAGCCCAUUUUUUAGAAAAAAAUUGAUAGAUGUUCCUUCAAAAUUUUGAAAACUACUCUUGCUAACCAAAUUCAUGCUUGAUGAAAAUGAUGGAUGUUUUUUUUUUUAUCUCAAGCAUAGUUUCUGUAAAGUAUUCUGCAAAACCAUAUCUUAAAUAUCAACCCAAAAAGGCCAAUUCAGUAAUAUGAAAUACGAUACUUUUGCAUCAUUAUGUGCUUGUAUGCUAGGAGAUGGACCUGCAUCAUUUCAUUCUCGAUCUUCGAUUGUCUUGUUCAUUAUCAUUCAUUGAUCGCGUUAUUCACUCUCGUUGUAGGGCGUAUUCGAGGAGUAUGAGAGCAAGAGUUAUGAAAAGCUAAUCAACUCCAUUGAAGCUCAUCCUAGCAAAGCUGUGCAAUCAGUGCUGAAAUCAUUCUUGGGAAAGAUUUAUAAGAGGCAGAAGUAGGAGGCUUCACCAAGAAGACAAACGUCGGAUAAAAACCUACCUGAUUUGUAUUCUUAGUUUCCUUAAGGAGGAAAAUAUGUUGUUUGUAUUUUUACGAGAAGUCAGAUUUCCUGCUUUUGCUUCCGAUUCCCCGUCCCCCUCCCCCUCUGCGGCAGCAGACAUUAUAUUGAACUGCUAUAUUUUUUGUUAGUUGGGAUCUGAGGAUUUAAUAAUUUUAAAUAUAUCUUUCUUGUGUC